AUGCGUGUACCAUUCAUCACAGCAAUCGCAAGCAUUAGCUAUGCGACUGCUACCAAUGCCAUUUCUCAACCGCGUCUCAUAUAUGAAUUUCCUAACAACAACACCUUUAUUGAGAACCUCACUGUUCGCCCCAACGGAGAGCUGGUGCUGACCACAUUCCACGAUGGACACAUCUACACCAUCAACCCCUCCGCACACAAGUCCGUGCCCAAGCUUGCCGUCAAGGUUCCGGAACUCACCGGUGUCACGGGAAUUUCCCAAAUUGCGCCGGACGUCUACGCUGUUGCUGCUGGCGUAGUCAAUGUUUCUGAGUUCAAGUGGGAGGCUGGAACAGGUCGUGUUUUCAAGCUGGAUCUGAGUAAGCCUUAUACUACUGGUAAAGCCGUCCUCGAGCCUGUUAUAGCCAUGCCGGAAGCUGGGUUACUCAACGGGAUGACCUCAUUGCCCUCAUACCCGCACAUCAUCCUCACUGUGGACUCGAAAACAGGUGUGCUAUACCGUAUCAACAUGGACACCGGAGUUUCUGAAGUUGCUUUCUGGAGCGAAUUGUUCACCAUUUCCGAAACCCCCAUCGAACCUCUAGGCGCGAACGGUGUCCAUGUUUAUGGCAAUUACCUCUACUUCACGAAUUCAGCUCGUGGAAUUUUUGGGCGUGUCAAGAUCGAUGCAUUGGGCAACCAAGUUGGCGAUGUUGAGCAGGUCGCGCAGGUUUCGUCGAGUGCGCCGAUCGACGAUUUUGCUACAGGUCCAGAUGGAUCUUUCUAUGUGACUUUGCACCCUGAAUCACUGGUUAAUAUCAAACCAGAGGGAAAUGUAACUGUUGUCACGGAUGGUUCUUCAAGAACUAAACUCAAAGGGCCAACUGCAGUGACCUUUAGUAACGAUAAAAGCAAGCUGUACAUUACGACGGUUGGGGGGCAAGUCGUCGAGCUGUGUCUUGACUGA